AAAUAAAUAUUGUCUGUGAUAAUAGUUGUACGAAUAUACUUAAUGAUUAAAUUGUGUUAAGAAUGUCUGAAUCAAUUAUCACUAUUGAUCGAAGUUCCGUACUUUGUAAGACAUUUAUUAAGUUCGAUAAACAAAUAACUUUUACUUCUAGACAAAUUGAAAACUUGUUUAAGCUUCAACUACUAAAUAUGAAACCACAAGAGUGCGUUACAUCAGUUUCGUCUACAUUAAAACUUGAUGAUAUUGAAGAGAAUUUAACACACUUUUGGCUGGCCGACAUGUUAUCCAAAAUCGUUAGAAACCUACAGCAUUCACGUUUUAGUGUUCAACAAGGAGUUGUCAUUGUGCGUUGGGUUAUCCAUUAUAUAUCUUUAGUAAUAACCGAAAAAUUGAGUAAAGUAAUGUUGUUCGAAAAACUACGCUCGGACAUCAUUGUUGCUCUAGAAAAUGCUGGAGAUUAUUUGAUACCACUUCCGAAUAGUACACAGUGUUCGAGUUACGUGACGACGGCCAAGAACAAGACGAAACACUCGUCGAAAAUUGUGAAGGACUCGACAUCUGAAGCAAACCAUAAGCCCAUGACUGCUUUACAAAUAGCUGCUAGCAUCGCGAACACGUUACAUGAAAUGUUUUGGGACGAUUUCAAGUAUACUGUGGUACAAAUGGCAUUCGAUGCUAACCCGAUUCAAGAAAUAAAUAAUGAAAUUCCAAACACGAUAAAAGAUAUUGACCCUUUGUAUCUACGAAAUGAUAGCAAUAACCUGGUAAAUGAAAACACUGCCGACAAAGACGAACAAUUUAGUGCAAUUAUGGACAGAUACUUUUUACGAUCACCGGACAACCCGUCUCCAGAUUAUGAUCGGCUGAUAAAUAGCUUAAAGCAGUCAAUGUGUCGUAAAAGUAGACUUUAUGAAUUGUAUGAUAAGGAUGAAUGAAAUUAUGAAAAUGUUUUCUGCAGUGUUGGCAAUGAAUUCGUAUCCAAGAAGUAAGAAUUUGAAAUUGUAUUAAUCAACAUGUUAAAUUUUUAUAUAUAAAUAAUUAUUAUCACUAAAAUAACA